CGUUACUCAAAGUUUUGCGGUCCACCUCUAAGACACUGGCAAAACAAAACAAAAACCUUCAAAUAAUAAUAAUAAUAACAUUUGCCGGAAAUGCGCUUGACGAAGCUAUGGCAAAAUCGCUCGCCCGGCGAUCGUCACUUGAGCACAUACUUUUGCUUCGCUGCAGUGCGCCUGCUGCUGGUCUUCGUGCCCCAACUGGGCUAUGUGCAUCCCGAUGAGUUCUUCCAGAGCGUGGAGGUGAUGACAGGCGAUCACUUUCGGCUGGAGCACACGCGCACCUGGGAGUUCAACAAUUCGCUGCCCGUGAGGUCAAUAGUUCUCCCGUUUGCCCUGCUCCGGAUUCCCUGGAGUUUCUACGAAUUCAUCGCCGAGUGUGUGAGGGCCGGCUGGCAAUUGGAACUCCUAGGCACCUACACCUAUGUCGUGUUUCCCCGGCUGAUCUACACCCUGAUCUCGUUCAGCAACGACUACUGUUUGUACCGCAUCUGCCGGCUGUAUGGACUCCGCUUCGAGAUCCGCCUUCUGGCCAUGGGCAGCUCCUGGAUUCUCCUCGUCUUUGGCACCCGCACCUUCUCAAACAGCCUGGAAAUGGCCAUGUGCUCCUGGCUGCUCUGCUUGGUCUCCGAAUGCAUGCUGCGCACGAAUACAGUGGUCUACAAGAAGGAGUUCCUGGAGGAGAAGUACGACAAGGCGGAGUCGAUUAGUGAACGAGUGCGAAUUUGGAAGCUAAAGAACUCUUUGCCACCCCACAAUUUGCAGCAUCUGAUGGCCAUGUCCACCAUAUGUGUUGCUGGAGUAUUCAAUAGACCCACCUUCCUGCUCUUUGGAGCACCCAUGGUCUUCUUUUGGCUGCUGCGCGGGAUGGGAACGAGGACCAUCACCUUCAGGGACUUUAAUCUGCGCAUUGUGCUCUUCUGUUUGUGCUCCCUGCCCGCCCUGAUCUUCUUCAUCUUUUGUGAUUCGCUUUAUUACCAGCACCUGACCCUAGGAGAACUGCACAUGAUGCACUUGAGCAUCGACAACUUUGUAUUCACGCCCUGGAACUUCAUCAAAGCCAAUCUGGAUUCGGCUCAGACAGCCAGCCAUGGAGUUCACCCCUGCUAUGUCCACCUGAUGGUCAACAUGCCAAUGCUGUUCAACGUCCUCGCCUUGGCUUCUUUGGGAGCCUUUGCCCAGUUGCUGCUGAGAUUCUUCCGGGCGGAAUACCAAGUGCUGCCGCGCUUCCAGAGUAUCGUGUCAUUGAUGUCGGGGGCCAUCUUUGUGCCCCUGUUCUUUCUCUCCCUGAUCAACCACCAGGAGCCCCGCUUCCUGUUGCCCGUGACCUUUCCGCUCAUACUGCUGCAUGCUCCCAAGCUGAUAACAGGAUUUAGCGCCAAGUAUCCCUUCCAGAAGGAUCACCCGCUGUUGCGCAGUUUCUACGAUAGACUGCUAUCCAGCAAAGCUUCGGGACCCUACCUACUGAAGAUCUGGUACGUGAGCAAUGUGGUGCUGACCCUGUUCUUCGGCUUUAUCCACCAGGCGGGCGUUUAUCCUCUAGCGGCGGACAUCUCACAUGUGAUGGCCACCAAACCGGCAGCAACGCAUGUGCACCUAAUAACAUCACACAUCUACAGCGUGCCCUUGCACCUGAUCAACAUUCCCAGCUCGAGAGUACUGCACUUCAAUAGGCAGACACAUCAGCGAUAUCGCCGCCCAAGAGACUUCUAUAUGUACGAGUAUGGAGGCCUUUCCUUGGACUCCCUGCUGCAGAAGGUAAAACUAAUAAGUGGAAACUGCGAGGUGAAGCGGUCCGGACCAAGUCACUUGCGGUACAAGCUUUAUUUGGCCAUUCCGGCAUCGUUAAGUGCAGAUCUUCACGAGGCGCUGGUUCAGUCCAAUGCCAGCAGCUACCUGAACUUCGAGCUGCUCAAUGUCUUCUAUCCGCAUCUCUCCACGGAGGCGUUUCCCCGCCUCUUGGGCAGGCAUCCCUGCGAUGUGGAUGCUCCCCAUUGGGCACACGACGAUCUCCGGGGCACUUGUGCUGUAGAGCAGCCGCCAGCACUCAGCUUUGCCUACCUGAACAAGCAGUUUAGCUCCUUCGUCCACCAACUGGGAUUGGCGCUUUACGAGAUCGAUGUGAAGCGCAGAAAGCCGCGAUCUGUAUUGCUGAGGAAGGUCUCCUUGACGGAAACCCCGGCGUAGGACUUAUUCUUUGGCCAUUCCAAGUGC